CCGAGGAGGGGGCGCAGCCAUCUUUGUUGGGGGCAACGCGCGAUGCCCAAAUCGUGCGCGGCGCUCCGGUGCAGUAACCGCUAUAGCAGCCGCUGCCGGCAGCAGCUCACCUUCCACAGGUACCGGGGCCCGGCCCUCCAUCCCCUCAGGUUCCCGUUCAGCCGGCCCGAGCUGCUGGCGCGCUGGGUGGGGAACAUUGGCCGUGGCGAUUUCCAGCCCAGCUCGCACACGGUGCUCUGCUCGCAGCACUUCCAGCCUGACUGCUUCAGCGCCUUCGGCAACCGCACCAACCUCAAGCCCAACGCCGUGCCCACGCUCUUCGCCUUCCCCCGCACCGUCAGGCAAAUCAGGAAGGAGAAGAGCCCUCUACAUGAUGCUGAAGAUUCCAAAUUGCCUAAGGACUUUACAAGGACAGAGGAUGGAAGGAGAUUAGAUGAAGAAACUGUUCUACAUCAAGAGCCCCAACCCAGUAGAACAGAGGAACCAAUAGAAGAGCUGAGUGAGAGACUCUCACAAACAACAAGGGAAACUGACUGUGUAGGGGAAUCAGCAGAAGUGACUACAAAGGGCAGCCAAGGUCAGAAGUGAAGCAGAAGUCUUUGACCACUCAUGCUCAUUGAAGUAUCACCUAUUGCCUUGGAUUUGGGUUCUGAAGCCUUCAGGAACUGCCAGGCAAAUCAACCAACUCUAUGAAUCCAGUUUCAUGUAACAAGGUGAAAGUACUUGUGAGACUACCAGGUAUUAACUCCUGGGAAGGCGGGGGACGGGACCCACACUGGAGCACAUCUUAAAUACAAAGCCCAGUGUUUGUCCUUGGAAUUUGUGUUUACAUUUUAAACAGUGCUUUGAAAAUGUGUUUGAGAAAUAAAUGUUUAGCCCAGCAGCCAGUCUAUCCCUAGAUAAGGAAACUUGCUAGCAGUGGAGGCAGAGCCUUUGUGGCACGCAAACUGGAGCCAAACCUCUGGCAUUUGUGUCCUCAAAAAUGUAUGAGAUCUUGUCAGCACAUGACCCCACUUUAACUGAAUCUCUAUGCCCCAGUCCCCUAAAGUAGGUAACUGCGUCCCUUCCCUUCAUAAAUAAAGAUGAGAACUCCCCGCAAGCAGUGUUCCAUUUUGUGGUGCUGUGACGCCUCAUUAACUCAGAACCUUCUUUAUACUUGGGUUGGUAUUUAUCUCACUUUACCUCAAUGGACUGGGAUAUGUGCAUUUUGUUAAUUUCAAUCUGGGGAAAGCUGCUCCCUGGCACAUCUUCAUAUUCUUCAUCAUAACGAUCAAAGAGGUCAGUGGCAUCUAUUCCAACACUAAUCGUUCCCUGGGGAGAGACAAGCAAAACAAGUUCCUAGCACGAAUAUGUUCAGUGUAUGUAGGCUGAAGGACUGCUACUCCUUUAUAUAUGUUUUACAACUUAAAAACAUUUUUUUCCCCAUUUUAAAAUGUUUUCCCACCCUUCUGCUGUAUGAAAAGGCUCCCACAAACAAAGCAGGAAACGGAGUGAUUAUACAGAGAAAUGGCAAAGCAUUGUCAGAGGCACAAAAUAAACAAACUGAACAACAGACUGAAGUAUUUACUGUGUUUUUUAUAACAGCAGAUAAAAUAUUUAAGAUAUUACACAUAAUAGAAGCAGGAAGAACAGUUUCAGACAGAAGAGGGAUUUUUAUUUCCUCAGAAUUGACCUUCAAUUUUGUAAAACCAACCCACUGAUUUUGUAAUUAAUCUUUUCAAUGAAACUGAGCUAGAAGUUCACCUCCACUUCUGAAAUAUUUGAAAACAACCUAAUUUUGAGCUGUGUUAGCUGGUUAUCACGGAUCGUAUAAGUCACAUGCUAUUGGUUCUGUUCCCUGAUUGGAUGAGCUUGAUUCUUAUGAUCAAUAGGAGUGCUUGAAGAAGAUAGCAUUUUAGGAUAUGCUUAGGAGGGGUUAAACCUUUUCCUCUCUAGGCCACUUAGGCCCAGCCUGAGAAUCAGUCCUUUUGGCUGGCUGCUGUUGCAUUCAUACAAAUAAUUGUGCCAUCAGUCCCACAAUUGUGAAGGGGAUAAUCAGAUCCUUGUCUCUCUCACAUAGCUGCCUCAGUGGAAAAGGGCUUUGGGAAUCUUCUCCUGUUACUAUUUCAAGCAGCAUCCCAUCUUAUGUGAAAUAUACCACUUCCAAUAGACCAUCAAGUAUAUGAAAUUAAAAUUAACUUUCUAAGUCAAUUUGAGAGAGAGAAAGUCAGUGGUUGGAUGUUUACAGAAAUCAAAACACAGCAGGAGCAUGUGUACGGAAGUAAAUUCUUGUUUAAAUCUGUGCAGAUACUCAAUUGUUUUGCUGAGUUAUCUAUACUGGAAAUGCAUGGAAAAUGGCAGUGUGUUUGAAGGGCUCAAGAUGGUGUGUUUCACCCUUCAUCUAGGGGGGUUCUCAAAACAAAUUUUUGUGGCCUCAGAGUCUGUUUCCUAAAAUCCUUACUUAACUUUAGGAAAAACAAAUAAAUAUUUACAUACAUAUGUCCAAAUGAUAGUAAUUUAUUUAUGUUAGGUUUGGUUUUUUUGCAAACUCAAUAAAAAUAAUGUUCAGUUGUCUCUAUUCUUUACUGGACCUAAA